AUGGGUUCGCCCCCACGUCAAUCGCCUGGGACUUCAACUGCCCCUGCUGCGGCGCUAACUUCUACGCAAAUAGAGGGAGAAGAUAUUCUUGAAGCGGAGGAGGACAAUGAUGCCAGUGAUGCUGAUUCGGCAAUUGGUUCUGUCGCCGGAAGUAGCCUCACGUCACUCCGCUCGAGCGUGUUGAGAUAUCAGGAAGAAAAUGGCAGAACCUAUCAUGCUAUGAGUUCCGGAAAAUAUAACUAUCCCAAUGACGAGGAUGAGAGUAAACGACUUGAUCUUCAGCACAAUCUUUGGCUAUUUACACUCCGUGGAGAAUUGGGACUUUGUCCCAAGAUCCAGAACGGUCCAGCUAAGCGAGUUCUGGAUGCUGGAACCGGAACAGGCAUCUGGGCGAUUGAAUAUGCCGACGUAUAUCCUGAAUCAGAGGUCAUUGGUGUUGAUCUCAGCCCUAUCCAACCCUCUCUUUUCGAGGUCGACGAUCUCGAAAAAGAGUGGACCUGGACACGACCGUUCGACUUGAUCUUCGCUCGAGUGCUCACAGCAUGCUUCGAAGAAAUGCAAAGCUUCGUCGACAAGUCAUUCGAAAAUCUCGAACCCGGAGGCUAUCUCGAGAUGCAAGAUUUGACCCACCCUCUCGGCUGCGAUGACGGCUCCUUGGAUCUUGAAUCCCCGCUGGGCCAAUUCGGCCCACUGGUUAUCAAAGCCUGCACCUUAGCCGGGCGCCCCAUCGACAUUGCCCCCAAGUAUGGGGAAUUUAUGAAGAAGGCUGGAUUCGUAGAUAUUGUACACAGACAAUACAAGUGGCCUACUAAUUCAUGGCCCAAGGAUAAACACCACAAGGAGAUUGGAGCGUGGUCAUUUGAGAACUUGAACACCGGUCUUGAAGGCUUGCUGCUUGCCCUCUUUACCAGGCACCUGGGGUGGUCCGUGGAGGAGGUCACGGUAUAUUGUGCGCAGGCACGAAAGCAGCUUCGGGAUCUCAAAGUCCAUGCCUAUAUUCCCAUACACGUUUGGUAUGGCCGGAAACCAGAAGGGGAGUAG